AAUGCUUUUUGGGCUUCCUUUAUAACCAUGAUGCUUUGCGAGGGAGGGGGUGAGAGUUUUUUUUGGCCRUGAGAGUGUUUAGUGGUGAGCGUGGUUUCGUGACAUUAAAAAGCGUUGAGAUUCUUCCAAUUCGUCUUGUUACAGAGGGUUGAAUCAAGGCUUGUUUAAAGGCCAGCACACACAAGGGAGCUUGCUCCCACAACACUCUCCUGCCUGACACGCUCCUGGGUAAUCCUUGGUCGUUUUGCUAGAACAGUACACUUAAGGGAACUAAACGCUGAAGCAACUCGAUCAGAGCAUGGGAACUAGUUAUAAAUCCAACAAAUAAUUUGAUUGGCCAACUGGAGACAGGUUGUUGUGCAGCAAUAAAAGUUUCAGUACACAUGAGGGAGCUUGCUCCCGAAACACGAUUCUGCAACAGAUUUGCUCCUCAAGCUUGCUCCAUCAUAUUUAACCAUUUUGAUAUGAGGGAGCAAAACCCGGCAGCAAAAGUUUUGUUGCACAACAUUUUUUCCACAUGAAAUCGUUGGUACAGACGAAGGGAGCUUUGCUCUGGGAGCGUGUUGCGGCAGCGUGUUGUGGGAGCAUGUUGCAGGAGCGUGUUGCGGCAGCGUAUUGCUGGAGCAAGCUCCCUCACAUGUGCUGGCCUUUAGAUUAAUACACCCUUGUAGCUUGGAUGUAAUUAUUUUCCCAAUUGAGACCAUGUGUCAUUCUCUUGAGUAUAAGAUUCUGUGUUUGAGAACAUAUAUCCAUAUUCAUGUGUCUUCUCAUCUGCAACUGUUAAACAAAGAAAUGAUACUCAAGGGAAUGGUAUAUAUUUUGAAUUCAAUAUCCAAAUCAGUGUUAAUAAGUCAGAAUAACAUACAGUCUUAAAUGGGAAAACAUAAAUUAUAACAAGGCAAAAGGGUUUAUUACUGGGAUAAAUGGGCAGACAAAAGGUAAAGGCAAGGUCUAGUAAUGAAUAGAUGGGUGAAUGUGUGGAUGAUGACGAGGAUGGAAAAAAGGGAAACAUGAGUGAGUUGAAGGAUAAUUUUCAGAUGCAUGAUUAUUAAAUAUAUUGAUGGAUGAAUAGAAGGACAGGAUGGUAAAUAGAUAGCCAAAUAUGAAAAGAUGAAUGGGACUGGAUGAGAGGAUAGGAGAUGAGACAAUUAUGUGGAAAGACUGUACCAUGCAGGUUUUCAGGCUUUCUUUUCGUUUUAGAAAUCGUCAAGUAUGAUUUUCAGUCACAAAAAAGAAAAGUCUGCGAAGAUUUCCAUCACUGGAUUCCCGUCAGAAGACGAACCAUCCGCGAACUUGAAGAAAUGAAUCUCGACGAGAUGACAGCAGCACUUGAUGAACUCCACCGCAAGGCAAAUAUCGCAACAGCUGCGGGCGCAUCAACUUCUGUACUUGCCACUGGCCUAGUUGUUGGUGGAUUCAUAGGUUCAUUCUUCACAUUUGGCGCCACAAUCCCAAUAAUGAUUGCGGGCGGAAGUAUCGCGGCUGCCGGAGGACUUACCACUUUUGGCGCGAAAAUGUCAGAAAUUGUUGUGUCAAAGACAAAUAUCAAUAAAGUGGAAGAUGCUAUCGCGGAGGAUAAAGAAGAAAGCGAAAACCUGCGAAAGAGCAUCGAAAAACUUAACAGGUUGAUUGAAAGAAAUGUUCAAAGGAUCUUCGACAAUAAAGAAGACCUCGAUGAGCUCAGUGAUGAAGCUUCGCCAGACGCCAUUUUAAAUGUCAUGUCUCACUUUGAAGAUAUAACUGGUAUGAGGAUAAUGGAAACAGACCAGCUACACCCAGUGAAAAGCAGCGCUCGAGCCGUUGGUGCCGUUCUCGCGGCCACGUCGUCAGGCGUCACUGCCGGCACUGCAGGCGCGCGUAUCGGUACAGCGGUAUUUGACACCUUGUCAGUCGCAAGUCGAGCUACUCAUGUUGCAGGUUUUGUGGCCAGUGUUCUAUCCUUACCAAUUGAUGCGUACUUCUUGGUGACUUCGGUGCGUGCGCUGAGAAACAGAUCUCCAUCGGAGGUGGCGGAGAAGAUACGCGACAUUCAAAACAAGAUGGUUUGUCCGUUAGAGUCUGAAAUUCAUUUGCUUAUAGAAGAGUACGUCAAGUCGAAGGUGGCAGAAGUAGUGAAUGCUCAUUUUGAAGGCAAACCUCGCGAGGAAUUUGAGAUGUUGGAUGAUAUCGAUACACUGUUAGCAAACGAUGAGCUGAACAAUGCCGGAACCCUAAGCUUUGAUUGCCAGUCCAACAACACUUUGUAGACAAAAGUACGUCCUGGCCUGUGUCGCGGUAUAAAGAAUAAACAGUGGCAACAGGGAAAUCAGGCAAUACACAGCCAUUAAUCACAUAAGUUGUUCGCUACAUUUACAUAUUCUGAUUAACAGUAGUGUAUUGACAAAUUUCUCUGCGCGACAAUUAUCUCGAUCAGCGCGUAGCCCGGCAUGACAACAGUGGUAGGAGUUGUCCUUAUCCAUAACGAUCGACGCUACAUGUAAUUAAUAAUAAUAAGUUAUUAGUCUAAAUAUUGCGAACCGAUUGUCAGACAUACAAAUCGUUUUGUGCAUUUCAGCACGUUUUUAAGAAUUUUUAGAGUUUGAGUGAGAAAAUAAAUGUUUGUUUUCUCCGAGUAUACAAAACAUUUCGCGAGUUUACUUUUGUCAGACCAAGAUUCUGUAUUAACAA